AUGAAGAUCUCAUCCCCCUUUGCCUCUCUGCUGGUUCUUGUCUCUGUUGCUGUGGCAUUACUUGUGCCUGAUGGCCAUGGUGAAGGUGUUAUUCGAUUUCCUCUUACCCGCAAGAGUGCUGACAUCGCUGGGCAUGUUGACAUGAGUGCUCUUAAUGCACAGUUCAUUCAUGUUUUGAACAAGUAUUGGCAGACAUUUUCUGCAUUUGAAGCUAAUACUGGUUCUGCUCAUCCUUUGAGUGGGAAGAUGAUGUCUUCUAUGAGAAAGUGUGAUGAUGUAUCUAUUGACUUGGGAAGCACGGAUCUUUGCCACAAGAUGUAUAAUGCUGCCCAGUCUUCCACAGCCAAGGAUGAAGGAAAUAUUUCUGUGCUCUCAUAUGGUGAAGCUUUCCAGCCUGACAGUUUUAUCAGUUUUGCCUUCAAGCAAUCAUCUGCUCUUGGGGCAAAGUUGGUUUUUGAGACAACAAGUGACAGUGGCGUACUUCCAGAAAGCAUGUUCAGUGUUAAACUUUCUUCUACAUCUGGGGAGAGCAAGCUUUGUAUUGGAGUGACUAACCCAAAUCUCUAUGUUGAAGACACCUUGACCUAUACGACUGUCACCGAGGAAGGGUACUGGCAAGUGAAUCUAGAAGUGGUUGUUGCCAGUAACAGCGCAUCUAUUAUCAUUACUGGGACCAUGUAUAUUGUCAUGAGUGAUGAUGCAGCAGAGGCUUACUACAAGGAUAUUCCAGGCUCAAGCAGCAUUCUGUGCGACACAAUUGGGUCAUACACUCCCACACUCACAUUUGGUGGGCAUGGCUUCAAUGUUUCAGAGGAAACAUUCAAUCUUGGCCCAGAGAGUGAUGGUUCAAGUGACUGCAUGGGAGGUAUUUCUUGGACAUCAAGUGUUGACUUUUGGGUUGUUGGGGGCAUUUUCCUGCAGAACAUUUACACAGUAUUCAAUAACAGAAAUCUUCAGCAUAGUAUACCCAGGUGGGGAAGGGUAUACCAAGGACAACAGAAAGACCUGCCAGCAGAUGAGGCAUGGAGAGCCAAAGAAGCAGCUGCAAUAGCGCUUACAGCAGGGGUAAAUGCAUCUAUGGGUAUAGAUGAAUAG